CCUCUCAGCGUCCACGUGCAUGCAUAAGAGAACAGCAGGAGUCAUUAUGUCUGUGAAACUCGUAAGGGAAGGAGAGGAGGCUGAGGAGCCAAUAGAGAUUAGAUUGACCCAGUUAACUCCGCAAGCUGUAUGUAGUUUGUUUUCAAUUUCUAUGGAUACGGUUUGGCUAAGAGAGCAGAGAGGAGCUAGGGCCUUUUUCCCCAACCUUAGUAAAACGUCAUUUGAUGUACCCAGUGAUGUGGAAUGUUUGAUUGCGAUGGGGACUCCGAGUGACGGUGUUGGUGUCGUAUCAUCUCAGCCAAGUGGAUCUGGAUUUUCCACACCCAUAUUGUCUGGCACUACGAGAUCUAUGCUUUGCCCCAGCCGACCAGUGUUCAGUAAAAAAAGUAUUGAUGGAGGAACUGCAAAUGUGAAAAUAGUUCAGGCUCAUUUUGUUAAAAGUACCGGAAAAGGUCCUAAUAAGUUUCUUCCUACAACAGAACAGAUAUUUGUUCCAGUGAAAGAGUCUACUGCUAACGUGCUCCAUGUAACAGAGAUCAUGCAAGAUAGCUGGGGCACUGAAUAUGUACUGAUCACAUCUGAUGGCCUAAGGAUACAAGAUUCUGCAGGGACUCGGGGUUUAAGCUUCUGGCGUGUUGGUAGCCGUAAGAUCUUUGCUGUUACUAAAGAUGAUUUGUUCAGAUUUGGAGGAAAGGGAAAGGGAAGAUCAGAUAAAAGGAAGCGGGAUGUGGUAGAACUUUCAUCUAGUGAUGAGGAAAACCCCCGAAUGAAGGAAAAGCUUAUGACAAAGUUAGAGGAAUUGUUGGAGGAGAUGAAGCAUCUUAGAAGUGAUGUAAAUAACGUUAUGAAACUGACAAAAGGUAUGAACCUUCCACCUGGUUUAUACUCGAAGCUACAGGAAACAUUUAGCUGCAGUGUGUGCCAUGCUUCACCUUAUAAGGUGCCUGUAAUAUUCUCAAGGUGCUGCAGAAACAUAAUUGGCUGCUCUGAAUGCGUUGAUAGAUGGUUCAAAGACAACUCUACUUGUCCAUUGUGCCGUUCUGAGAGAGCACUACCUGACACCUGUAUUGUUAAUGGGCUAGAGGAUUUUAUUGCUACAAUAUCACCAUUAAUGAAAGGACAAGAUAGCCCUACUCAUGUACCAACUCCUCCUCCUCUUUCUACUAGGCGUAGCAUUUUUGAUAUGGACGAUGAUGACGGCUUUUUGUCGUCAUAACUGCACUCCUGAGACUGCUGCUAUACUUAUCACUAUACUUAUACUUAUGCUUAUCACGACAUUAUCAAUAACCUUAGCAUCAUGUAUUAACCAAUGAUUUUAUACUUUUGCUAUCUAGCAUACAAUUAUGAUUAUCAUAACCUGAAUCAUAAUAUUGAUUAUUACAAUUUUGCUUCAUUUUCUAAUCAAUUUUUCCUGUGACCAUAACAAUAA